GCGCUGAUUCUGGAAUACACGAUUGGUGGUUCAGCUGUUGCCCGUGGCAUAUCCCCCAAUCUGGCACUGUUUUUCGGUGAAAAUGGCCUGCCUUCAUUUGUAGCGCGUCAUCAAAUUCCUGGCCUGGAUGUUGUUGUUGAUCCGUGUGCCGCCAUUCUAGUCUUUGUUGUUACUGGGCUCUUGUGUCUUGGAAUAAAGGAGAGCACAUUUGCUCAAGGAAUUGUAACAACAGCCAAUGUGUGUGUCAUGCUAUUUGUCAUAGUAGCUGGCUGUUACCUCGGGUUCAAGACCGGUUGGGUUGGUUAUGAACUUCCAACAGGGUACUUCCCAUUUGGGGUGGAUGGGAUGCUUGCCGGGUCUGCAACUGUCUUCUUUGCCUAUAUCGGGUUUGAUUCAGUUGCCAGCACUGCUGAGGAGGUGAAAAAUCCCCAACGUGAUUUACCGCUCGGUAUUGGUCUUGCGCUCUUCCUUUGCUGCUCUCUCUACAUGAUGGUCUCUGUUGUUAUUGUCGGUUUAGUUCCUUACUAUGCCAUGGAUCCUGACACUCCGAUAUCUUCUGCAUUUUCAAGUCAUGGAAUGCAAUGGGCUGCAUUCGUGAUAACGGUUGGAGCUGUCAUGGCUCUUUGCUCGACACUGAUGGGUUCGCUUCUACCACAGCCUCGAAUUUUAAUGGCAAUGGCUAGGGACGGCCUGCUGCCUCCGAUUUUCUCCGAAGUUAACAAAAGCACUCAGGUUCCUGUUAAAGGGACGGUGGCAACUGGUAUUUGUGCCGCAACAUUGGCGUUCUUCAUGGACGUUUCACAGUUGGCAGGCAUGGUAAGCCACUGUUAUUCUUAUUUUUUGUAUCUUCUAUAAAAGGAGAAGUUUUCC